AUGGACCCCCACCUUCUCCUGAAAGCUAUAGGCUUCUUCCUUCUUGUGAUAAUCGGGAUCCCGGGAAACAUCUUCCUUCUUUUGCAAUUUGCCUACAUCAAAAUCUAUGAGAAGAAACUUCUACCAACCUACAUAAUACUGACAGUGUUGGCCAUGGCUAAUUUUCUUAUUAUUCUUUCUCGUAUCAUCCCACAGUUCUUGAAUUCCAUAGGUGUUGAGGAUUUGCUUAAUGACACAGAGUGCAAGUUUGUAAUCUAUACUUACAGAGUAAACAGGGCUACGUCUAUAUGUGUCACCAGUUUGCUUAGCUGUCACCAGUGUAUUCUCAUUUCCCCAACAUCUAGAGCUUGGAUCUGUUUAAAAAAGAAUGUGACACAAAAUGUGGGGUUCAUCAUUAUAAUUGUCUGGAUCAUGAACCUCUCAAUGUACCCUUACAGCAUUCUGAAUGCUCGUGCCAGGAAAAACAUAUCAUCUUCUCCAUAUGCUCUCCACCUGGUGUAUUGUGAUGCUGACUUUCUGACUUACACAGCAUAUAUUGUCAAUGGAACAUUUUAUGCUGUGCGGGAUUUUAUCUUUGUGGGACUGAUGUUGCUGGCAAGCAGUUACAUGGUAUAUAUAUUGCUUCAACAUAAGAGAAAUAUGACUGGAAUUAGGAAUUCAGAGAGAGGUCAAAGGAGAUCAGCUGAGAACAAGGCUUCACGAUCUGUUAUACUAUUGGUUGUCCUUUAUGUGGUGCUAUUUGGACUGGAUAACUCCAUGUGGAUUUACACAUUAACUCUGUCUAAUGUGAACCCUGACAUGAAUGAUAUUCGAAUAUUUCUUGCAUCCUCAUAUGCAGCACUAAGCCCCAUAGUAAUAAUAAUUACCAACCCUAAGCUUCAGUACAUAUGGAAUAAUCAAUAUAGGUCGAGGCUUUUUCAGAAAAAUACCGGAAGCAGUGGACUGGUGAUCUCCAUAAGUAAAUAA